AUGUCCACCAUCACAAGGACUCUGCGCAAUCUGCGCAAGAUUGGCCUGAAGGAAUACUGGCAUCAACUCAACGACCCAGGCGACACCAAGGCCGGCGUGCUGGUCGGCACCGACAAGUUCGGCAACAAGUACUACGAGAACAAAGACGAGCUGCCGCUCCGCACAAGAUGGGUCGACUUCGCGAAGCACGACUAUGACCCCGCCCACAUCGAGCCGCAGUGGCACGCGUGGAUCUCGUACGCGACCGACACGCCGCCGAACCAGGACCCGAUCACGGCGGCGACGGGCGACAGGCCGUGGGCGCCCAAGGGCCACGUGCCCAACUACACGCUCACGCGCGGCGCGUUCAAGCCGUACAACACGACGAAGCCCAAGAUCCAGGCGUGGGAGCCGUUCGCUGCGCCGAGGUAG